CUCCCACAAACCACUAUGCCAAGUAAAAAGAAGAUAACCAUCAAAAAGCAGAAGAUUGAGAUGAAAAGGCUUGAGAGCGAAGAUGCUCGUCGCGUGUGCUUUUCAAAGUACAAAACUGACAUUUUCUCUAAAGCCAGCGAGCUCGCUACUCUAUAUGGUGCUGAAGUCGCUGUCUUGUUGUACUCACCCAUGGGCAAGCCAUACUUAUUCGACAGCUCGAGGAUGGGUCGAGAUAUGAACGAGGUCCACAAUGGAAAUCGUUUUACUGUGGCGGACUCGUCGGAUCUCGGAGCAAAUCAGCCGGGUCCUAGCGGAAGUCAAGGGAACUCUGUUGCUUUAGUGAAUCCAGAUAAGCUCGAAGGAAACCAGCAUGAACCAAGUGGUACAAAGCCCGGUGGAUUCUACUGAAUAAUAGCAUCAUGUUGGCAAUGUCUUAACAUGUGAACUUAGACUUCAUGAAGCUUAAGAUAUUUGAUAAACAAUAUCUGUAAUAACUAAAAAAUUUAUGAUGUUCUACAAUUGCUUGAGUAUGCAUCCUAUCUGCACCGCCCGCAUACCAGCAGGUGGUUUUGAGCCCUUCCCCAUGAAAAACAUGAUGAUAUAAAUGAAUAA